GGCGGGAGUUAUGCAUGGUUGAUAACAUUGGGGAGGUGUAUUGUGGGCGUUGGUCGUCGUCUUGCUCAUUCUAUCUUUGUUAUAUAUCACGAAUGCAGGAAGAUCGGAAUUCCAGAAUUGGAUUUCAUCAUGACUGGUGAUCAUACAACAGAAUCAAAAACUGACUUGAACAAGAAAAGAGAAGAUUAUAUAUCAUGGGAAGAUUACUUCAUGGCAGUUGCCUUUUUAUCGGCUCAACGGAGUAAAGAUCCAAGCACACAAGUCGGAGCUUGCAUAGUCAAUGAUGAAAAGAAGAUAGUUGGAAUUGGAUACAAUGGAAUGCCGAAUGGGUGUGAUGAUGAUAUUUUACCUUGGCGAAGAAAGGCGAAUAGUAUAUUGGAUACAAAGUAUCCUUAUGUUUGUCAUGCUGAACUGAAUGCAAUAUUGAAUAAAAAUUCGGCAUCAGUUCAAGGCUGCACCAUCUAUGUUGCUCUUUUCCCAUGUAAUGAAUGUGCAAAACUGGUUAUACAAUCAGGUAUAAAGAAAGUGAUUUACAUGUCUGACAAACAUCAUGAAAAAGAAGAAAUGAUUGCAUCGAGAAAACUGUUUGAACUUGCCAAAAUAGAAUGCGUGAAAUUUCAACCGAAACAAAGAAAAUUCGUUAUUGAUUUUGAUACCAUAGAACAAACACCUAGCCAAGAUAAAAACAGUUCUUCGAUUUUGGGACAAAAUGGAAACUAAGUUGUAUUGAUUCAUUAUUUUUUGUCAAAAUGGCCACUCUUGGUCAAUUUAAAUGAAGUUUUUGUUGUCUUAGCACCAUCGGGGUCUUUAUAUUGCCAAUCCUAAAAAGUUGCAAUUUCAGUCCGUAAUUGUUAAUACAUAUUCUUGUUUAGAUGGUUGAGAUCGUAUAAAUAUAUUGCAUUCACACACUUUUUUCAGCCUA